CUUCAGGUCCUCAGUGUCCUUUAUUUUUUUUAGCCUUGGGACCAUGGCGCGAGCUGCUUGUCGCCGCCGCCUGGUUUUGGCCGCGUUAGGUGCUGCGUUGUUGUGGUGGCCUGGUGCGCGACUGGGCCAAGAUGUCUCCUUUGCAGCUCCGAAGAAAGAGCAGGCGAGCCUGUUUGAUAUGGCAACCACUGCUCAAAAAUCCAAGGGCAGAGGCAAGGGAUCCAAGAAGGUCAAGACGAACAAAGCCUCAAAGAGCGGAAAAAAAGCCGCCAAACCGUUUCCAGACAAAGCUGGAGACUCCUUUCUCCCAGCUCAAGGUGCAUGUGUUGCAGCCGCAUUCUUGCCAAUCCAAUAUCCAACUGAACAUUUGGACUUGGAGCAGAUCUUGUUUUCUCCAGAUUCUGUCUUCAAGGUUGGCCUUGGGAUCACCAUUGUCGGCUUUCUGCUGGGUUUAGUCUCCAUCGUGACGGUGACGGCGGCAAUGGAGGAGGGUCGACUGGCAACCACCGGGCCAUUUGGUGUGGUGAGAUCACCGACCUACACGGGUUUCGUGAUCAUGUGCGCUGGUGCUGCCGUCAUGGCUUCCUUGAGCCCUGUCCGCGCCGUGUUUACCGUGGCAUUGAUCGUGGUGUUGGCCUUGAAACUCGCGGAAGAGGAGGAAGCACUGAAGGCGGCACGGCCAGAAGAGUGGGCAAAGUAUUCGGAGAUCAAUUUGCAAGUUGGAAGUCACUGUGUUUCCAAUCGCAUUUUGGUUGCUAUCUCAAGCAUUCAGAGUUUGGGUUGCCACAAUUUUCCGUCUAAAGCAUGCAAGUGUUGGCCUCGCGUCCUGGAGACUUUGUAUUGCCCUCAUUGCAUUUUAAUCAUGCAAGCUUCGAUGGCUUUCGUAGCAUCAGCAGAAGUGUAUCAGUAUGCGUAUGGGUUUGGUUUGUUGGGCGGUGUACUGGGGGAACCAGUUACAAAGAUAUGUCACUACGACUGGGAAGGUAAGUCAAGGUCAACUAUAAUAUCCGCCAUGCUGUGGGUCUGCGGUCUGUGGUAGAAGCAAGAUACUCAGGAAGGUUCCUUACAAGCUGGUGCCUGGUAUUUGGUGAGUUUCAGACUUUCAGAGUUAUCUACACUUCUUUGGCCGUUGACUGGUCAGCUGUUUCCCACCAGACCCCUUGGAGCUGUGGUCGUUGAGCCGACAGGUUGAUUAUCUCCACAUGUCUCACCUGAAAAGGCGAUUUUCCUUGACGGAUGUCGAUUGGGAGAAUAAA